AAAUAAUUAAGCAAUUUAUCGACUAAAAUAUUUGUAUUUGGAACAUGUCUGAAGAGGAGCACACCUGUUGUUUGUGUAAUGAGACAUACGAUGAGUAUCAUAAUUUAUUUGAUGCCAAUGAUGAAUCGAAUUCUGUUUAUGACAUAGUAGAGGCCUAUUUUCCUGAAGAGAUGCUGAUAACAAAGAAUCCGCUGGGAAACAGUGUUUUAUGUUCUGAAUGUUGGAAUAUCAUAGCCGAUUUCCAUGAAUUCAGAAGAGCUAUAUAUGAUGUUCAUGAUUCAUUAAAGUCGAAGUAUAAUAAUGAAAUCUUUAAAAUUACCGAACAUACCAAUGAAGAUGAUACAGUUAGUGAAGGCCAAUUUGAGGAAGAUUUAAAUGAAGUUAAAACAAUUACUAUUAUUGAUAGUGAUUGCGAAAGUAUUUCAAAAAAUUAUAUCAUUCAAUCUGAGAAUGAGUAUGAGAAUGAAUCUGAAAUGGAAGAGUCUAGCAUUCAAAUUGAAAAUCAUAAAAAAUCUAAUUUGAGUAAAAUAGACGAAAUGGAAAACAUAAUCGCUGAAUGUAUGCCGGAAAUAGAAUGCCACAAAUGUUAUCAAUCUUUCAAUAAGUUCUCUUUAUUGCGAACACACUUCAAAGAACGUCAUCCAAAGCUGCAGUUUUAUGUCACUUGUUGUGAAAAAAAAUUUUCUAUACGCUCUUUACUUGUGCAUCAUUUACGUCUGCACAUGAAUCCAGAACUGUAUAAAUGUAAAAUUUGUGGCGAGUGCAAAACGACGAAACGAUAUUUAAGCAAUCACAUGCAGCUCAAACAUAAAAAUUCUGAGCACUCGGAUGAUAUUGAUUCGGAAAGUAUUUCACCAAAAAAAACAAAUAUUCAAGAGGAUAAAUGUAAAGAAUCCCGAUUGAAAAAAAUAGAAGAUUUGGAAAAUUUUAUUAGUGAAUAUAUGCCGGAAAUUAAUUGCCACGAGUGCCAUAAAUCAUUUACGAGAUUCGCUUUACUGCGAAAACAUUUUAAGCAACGACAUCCAACUUUGAUGUUUUAUGUUACUUGUUGCGAUAAAAAAAUGUGUCAACGUGCAACCCUUGCCUAUCAUUUACGUCUACACGGUAAUCCCGAUCUCUAUAAAUGCGACAUAUGUGGCGAGCGGAAAACAAGUAAACGUAGUUUACUCCAUCACAGACGGCAACUGCAUAACAAUAAUGAGCCCCUUGGUGAUAGCCCAAAAAGCCACCUCAAUAAACAUUUUACUCCUAAAUCAAUAUUAUUUUCGUGUCCACAUUGCCCACGACAAUAUGCCUUAAAGAAAAAGUUGGAGAGUCAUAUUAAAACGUCUCACAAUUUACCUGAACAACCAAUAUGUGAGCAUUGUGGCGAAACUAUGCUCAACCAGUAUUAUGUAAGAAAACAUGCUGUAAUGCAUGGUCUGAUGAAAGGAACACCAAGAAAAACAUAUAAAUGUGAUAUAUGUGAUAGAGUGUUGCAGGGCCUGGACAGUCUGAAGAGACAUAAUGCAGCAAUGCAUCAUGAUGGUACUACCGAAUUCAUUUGCGGCGAAUGUGGCAAGGCAUCAUAUUCCAAGGCAGCCUUGAUGGCGCAUAAAAGAAAUGUACAUACAAUGCCCUUAAAAAAAUUUAAAUGCGAUGAGUGUGGGAAAGCCUUUCGAAAAUCACGAGAUGUGGCAUUGCAUAUGGUAACACAUACGAAGGAGAAAUUGUAUAAAUGUCCCGACUGCGAUAAAAAAUUUACGAGACCUUCGAAUAUGUUGCAUCAUCGUAAAUAUUCUCAUCCGGAGGAAUAUGAAAAACAUAGAAAAUCUACACCAAGGAUAAAGGUGGAUCCAAAAAAUAUUUCAAAUAAAGUUGUUAUAUAGAGAAAUCAAAU